CAGCAUGGCCCUUGCUCUGCGCCUCCUACUCUUGCUGCUCCUGGCCGUGGCCCUGCCUGCCAGGGCUGCCCAGGCUGCUCCGCUGCAAGCGCGGAGAGCAGACUGGAAUCGUGACAUGGGUUUUCAGGAAGUCCUGAUGAAGGAUGGUUUGAAGUUCUUUGAGGAUGCUGGAGCUGAACCUGCCGGUGAAGGUCCCACAUCCAGGACUGAGGCUCUGGGCAAUGCUGAGGGUGUGUCUGCAGGGAGGAGAUUCAUACGUCCUUUGGUGGUUAUUGCCAACAAGACCAGCCCCCAUGGCAGGGUUCCUCCAAAGAGGAAGAUGCAAGACACAACAGAGAAUAUAUCCCUGGACCCAUCCAAACAGACGAGGCAAGUGCUGAAGAAAAUGCUGCAGGGAGGACAAGAAAUGAAAGUAGAGCCAGUGGAGAAAGAAGCAUUUCCCGGAGGAAGCAGUGAUUCCGUACCAGCCUCUGCUCCAGGAAGGGAGGCCAUGCCAGGCACAGGCACAGGAGAUGAGGUGUCUGGGAAGGCUUCUCCAUCAGCUUGGAUGAAUAAAGUUUUGAAGCCCUUGGAGCCUCCUGCAGAUGUGUCUACAGGGAGGACUUCUCCAGCUCCUACCUUGGAUGUUGCACUCAAGCCCAGCUCCCAUCACAGUGGUACUCCAACAGGGAAAAUCCAAGAUACAACAGAUACGAUAUCCCUGGAACCAUCCAAACAGAUGAGGCAAGAGCUGAAGGAACGUCUGCAGACAAGACAAGAGAUGGACAUAGUGCUUCAGUGGAAGGUGGCAUUUCCUGAAGGAAGCACUCCAUCUUCAGUGCCAGCCCCUGCUGCAGGAAAGAAGGCGAUGGCAGACAGGGGCACAGGCACAGCAGAUUGGGAUGCUGGGAAGGAUUCUCCAUUAGCCUGGCUCUCUGAAGUUGUGAAGCCCUCCGAGCAUUCUGCAGGCGUGUCUGCAGGGAGGACCUCACCAACUCCUACCUUGGAUGCUGCACAAAAGCCCAGCUCCCAUCACAGGGGUCCUCUGACAGGAGAGACCAAAGACAUGGCAGGCAAGAAAUUCCGGGACCCAUUAGAAAUCAUGUGGCAAAUGCUGAAGGAACGUCUGCAGACGAGACAAGAAAUGAAAGUAGAGCCAGUGGAGAAAGAAUCAUUUCCCGGAGGAAGCAGGGGCUCCAUGCCAGCCUCUGCUGCAGGAAGGGAGGCCAUGCCAGGCACAGGCACAGGAGACUGGAAUCGUGACAUGGGUUUUCAGGAAGUCCUGAUGAAGGAUGGUUUGAAGUUCCUGGAGGAUGCUGGAGCUGAACCUGCCGGUGAAGGCCCCACAUCCAGGACUGAGGCUCUGGGAGAUGCUGAGGGUGUGUCUACAGGGAGGAGAUUCAUACGUACAUUGGUGGUUAUUGCCAACAAGACCAGUCUGCAUGGCAGGGUUCCUCCGAAGAGGAAGAUGCAAGACACAACAGAGAAGAUAUCCCUGGAACCAUCCAAACAGAUGAGGCAUGUGCUGAAGAAAAUGCUGCAGGGAGGACAAGAAAUCAAAGGAGAGCCUGCGGAGAAAGAAGCAUUUCCUGGAGGAAGCAGUGGUUCCCUGCCAGCCUCUGCUGCAGGAAGGGAGGACAUGCCAGGCACAGGCACAGGAGAUGAGGCUGGGAAGGCUUCUCCAUCAGCUUGGAUGAAUAAAGUUUUGAAGCCCUUGGAGCCUCCUGCAGAUGUGUCUACAGGGAGGACUUCUCCAGCUUCUCCAGCUCCUACCUUGGAUGCUAUACGCAAGCCCAGCUCCCAUCACAGUGGUACUCCAACAGGGAAAAUCCAAGAUACAACAGAUAAGAUGUCCCUGCAACCAUCCAAACAGAUUAGGCAAGAGCUGAAGGAACCCCUGCAGACAAGAGAAGAGAUGGACAUAGAGCUUCAGUGGAAGGUGGCAAUUCCUGAAGGAAGCACUCCAUCUUCAAUGCGAGCCCCAGCUGCAGGAAGGAAGGCAAUGCCAGACACGGGCACAGGCACAGCAGACUGGGAGGCUGGGAAGGAUUCUCCAUUAGCCUGGCGCUCUGAAGUUGUGAUGCCCUCCGAGCAUUCUUCAGAUAUAUCUGGAGCGACGACUUCACCAACUCCUACCUUGGAUGCUGCACAAAAGCCCAGCUCCCAUCACAGGAGAGAGACCAAAGACAUGGCAGGCAAGAAAUUCCAGGACCCAUUAGAAAUCAUGUGGCAAAUGCUGAAGGAAUGUCUGCAGAGAAGACAAGAAAUGAACGGAGAGCCUGUGCAGAAGGAAGCAUUUCCCGGAGGAAGCAGUGGUUCCGUGCCAGCCUCUGCUACAGGAAGGGAGGCCAUGCCAGGCACAGGCACAGGAGACUGGAAUCGUGACAUGGGUUUUCAGGAAGUCCUGAUGAAGGAUGGUUUGAAGUUCCUGGAGGAUGCUGGAGCUGAACCUGCCGGUGAAGGCCCCACAUCCAGGACUGAGGCUCUGGGAGAUGCUGAGGGUGUGUCUGCAGGGAGGACUUCUCCAGCUCCAGGGCUGGAUGCUUGGCCCCAACCCAGCUCCCAUGGCAGGGGUCCUCCAAAAGGGAAGACCCAAGAUACUGCAGCCAAAAUGUCUCAUGAGGCAGAUGAAUUCCUGAGAGAAACACAGAAGGAAGCACCCGGAGGACAAGUGAUGGACCAAAAGGCUGUUCAGGAGGAGGAACACUCAGGGAGAAGCAGUGGCUCACUGGCAGCGCUAGCUGCAGGAAGGAAGGCGAUGCCAGACAUGGGCACAGGCACAGCAGGUGCUCGCGUGUAUCUUCAGAAGACAAACCUAAAAACAGAGGCAAUGACAACCUGGCAGUUUAUCCCAGCUCUUCCCUUCUGCCCCUAUCUGCCCUGCCGUGGUUGCAUCCCCGCCACGCGGCCGUCCCAAAACCCACCCCUCCUCAACGAGACCCUCUGCCCCUGA